AUGACCAUUCAAAAUGAAGCUUUUUGCCAGUCCUAUGGUUGUCUCGAUCUUAACCAGAACCUGUCUGAAGGAGCAUGCCACGAAUCACCGUUUCAAUCCUCUAAGCACCGUUCCACACCAAACCUAUUAGCUCUAUCUAGAAGUCAGAUGGAGAGGAUUCAGAUCAUAUCCGAGUUCCAUGAUGGUGAAGAAGUACUUGUAAGUGAUCUGAAAACUGUCGUUAAGGUGUACAAAUAUCCAUUAGAAAAAUUGGGUAUACUUACCUCAACAGAAAUAAAUAAUCUGUUCUAUUCAAUUGAAGCUAUUAUACCAGUUUUUGAAGGAUUAGCAAAUAGUCUUUCAUCAGAAGUGAAUAAAUAUUUCAGCAUACCAUGCAUAGGAAUGAUCUUAUAUCUGUGGUUGGGUCUUGAAGUAAUAACAAAGCCACAACCUGAUUACCUUAAUUAUGGACGUAAAUGUUAUCCAUAUCCAACACAGAAUUAUGUUCAGUCUAUCUGUGAGAGUUACAUCGAGAUGAUGCCUUCAUCAAUAAAACUUCUCUUGGAUUAUUCAGCCCACUUAUAUGAAGCACGUAAAUAUUUUGAGGCUUUACGCGAACAAAAGCCUGCUUUUACUGAUUUUCUUUCACGUUGUUCACAUACACAUUUCAGUAAACGUUUGGAUUUGUGGCAUUUCUUGGAAUGUCCCAAAAGCAGACUGACUAGGUAUCCUUUAUUACUGAAUCGACUGAUCGAAUUGACACCUUCAACCGAUCCAGAACUCAGUCAUUUACUCGUUGUCCGGUCUGCCUUCACCUUUAUAAUUGACGAGUUAAACCGUCGAGUUGGUGAAGCUAUGCGUAAUUUGUACUUAAAAUGCAUAGGAUUCCACGGCAACUUAGAAUUACAGUACAAAGAUAUGGUAUGUCAUCAGAAAUCACUGUUAUUGAAAGGCAAUCUGCAUACUGAUAUUGGGGAAGUAACCGUCUUUGUUUUUCCUCAAUUAAUGCUUAUAACAAUAAGUUCUGAACCCGAUAAUAAUAGUCGCUUAAUAUCACGUUGCUAUUAUGGCAAAUUAUCACGUCAAAUCACCAAGCCGCAUAUUACUACUUCAUCUAAAAACUCACCAACUUCACUUGUCUCUCCACUACCGUCUAUAAUAUGCUCUGCGAGUACACGAGUUUAUAGUCACCGAUGGUCUUUGUUAUCCAUUUUAAGGACUCGUUCACCAUCUGAUUCGGGAAAUGCUACCCAUAUAUCUUUUAACUCAGGAAAUCGACCUUCCAAGUAUGCACGAUUAUUUCGACGUUUAUCUUCAAUUAUGACAUCAUCGUCGACAAAGUUGGACAUUUCCAGACCUACAGAAACAACGUCUUUCACACCAGCCGAUGAAACUGUCAGUCUUGAACGAUUUCGUAUUUGCUAUCCGCCUUUAAUAUUAAAAGAUUAUGUUUUGGAAGAUAUAAGUGAUGAUAGUAUUCCUUCAACUAUAUUGAAAUUUCCUUUUUCCACAGAAAAAGCUCAUCAAAAUUUAUUCAAACUCUCUCCUUAUGAACAUAGUGUAAAACGAAAAUCUGGAAGAACUUCAACCAAACAAUCCGAUUUAUUACAUUCACACGAAAAGAUUAUGUCAAGAACAUCUCGUGAAACAACAUGGCUUUCUUCGUCAUCAUUGAUUAGUAGUAGGACUUCAUCGUUGUUACGAAAAUCUCGAAAAACAAUAUCUAGAGAGUUUCUGUUUAAAGCAUCUAGUCUGCAGGAUAAAAAAUUUUGGAUAACUACACUGACACCACUUGUUCGCAGUUAUUAUCAAAGGGAAUCAUGCAAUGACUUGGUUUUAGUUUAA